AGAAAGACCACUAAAAGACAUCUCUUUGGCGGAUUGCGACCUAUGAACGCUGAAAGUCUGAUUGGGAGGCUGCAUCAAUUUCAUAUUAACUAUGGAGGGCGACGUAAGCCCUACUUACAACGGCAUUCGCCUACGUAGCCGAGGGUUCCAGGUUUACAUUUGUUUCUUCUCUAUCAAAAUUAAGAUUUCAUUUUGGGGACUUAUCCUGUUGAGGAGGUGCGGAUUUUCCACCAAUGAAAAACAUGGCAACUCCGCAGUUUUGGUACUUCUCCCCGAACCCGGAUGCUCAUUGAGAUAGACAACCACCAUGAAAUCGUGCCAGCAAUGCCGACACGCCAAACGCAAGUGCGUCCCCAGCAAGGCCACUAACCUGUUGCACCCCUGCAACCGCUGCCUGCGCCGACAUCUUGUAUGUUCGCGCUCCCAACCCCAGCUAGCUGGGACGCGGAGGCUCGGGGCACGCCGGUCACAGUCACCUGCAUCUCAGUCUCGACGAAACGCAGUAGAUGACUUUCUGGCCGAUGAGGACGCCGUUGUGGACCUCGUCCACGAGUACCUGUCCAAAAUCCACGAUCGACCCCACAGCAUCUUCCACACAGCGACUCUGUGGAACGAUAUUCGCCAGCAACGACUCUCAAAGGCUUUGCUGCUGGCGAUCUGCGCCAUGGGAGCGCAUGUCUCCAGUCGGCCAACCGCGCAAUCGCUCGAGCCACUGCUCACCGCUGAGUCUAAACGGCUGCUACAAAUCGAUAUUGAGCGCGUGUGUCUGGAGAAUAUCCAGACUUGCAUCCUCGUCGCGAACCUAUGUGUCGCACAUGCGAAUCCCUCAUCGGAGUUUUUAUUUUUUCGAACGGCAAUUGCCAUGGUGCAGCUGAUGCAGCCCUUUACGGGACAUGUCAAUGGCAAGGCAGUAAUCAACGAGAUCUGGGUUCGGAUCUGGUGGUCGCUGUUCGCGGCGGACAACUGGUGCUCCUCGAGUCUCGGUCUACAGCGUCAGAUGAAGGACUGGCCUCGGCCAGCUCGCUUACCUAUGGAUGAGUGCCGGUUUGCUGAGAUGGCUCCAGAUCAGCCAUUGCACGAGCCGUACUUGGACUUGGACCUGGGUCUGUGGGCAUACAUGGCCACGCUUAUCGAAUUGUUCGGCCCAAUCCAAGAAUUCAACUGGCGCGCAGUCAACGGUGAGGUGCUGCUCCAAGACCAACUCGAGCAAGACACAGAUCGUCUCGCCCAGCGGUUGGAUGACUGGCAAGACAGACUUCCACGCCACGUCCAACUGACCGAAUCGAACCUCAUCGAGCACAGUAAACGGGGCACGGGGGGCAUCUUCAUGGGCCUACAUCUAGGCUUCCACCACUACGCUACCCUGCUGUACUACCAGUACCUCGACACGCGAUUCACUCUGACAACGCGUACCCGGCGCUUCGCAGCCCGGUGCAAGUAUCAUGCUCUCGGAUAUAGCAUGCUGCUCGCCAACGGGCGACAACUGCCUGGAUGUGAGGCCGUGUAUCCAACAGUAGGCCAUAUGGCGAUUGUCUCGUCCUCUGUUCUUCUUCAUACGCUUCUGUUUGGAACAGAGGAUGAUCUCCCGCAAUCACGCCACUGCCUCGAGGUAAAUUUCGAAGCUCUUCUCGAGUUAGAACGGUUUUGGCCCAGUGUGAAAGCCAUGAUUAAUCGCUUGUUGAACUUCCAGAAUACCUGCCUUCUUUUUUCAUAUCGUCACCACACGCAUCGUCUCGAUCGUUGGAUGGUGCGAUUCCUCUUUGAGUACGCGUUGCCGCUCAAUGACAAGGCUGCGAAUCCUCACUCAGCUGCGGAGAUGGAGAUUAUCUCCACACAGGCGCAGAUGUUUUCCCAACAAGGACGAUUGUCCACAUUUUGGAAUGGCCCAGAGGCUAGAUCGGAGUUGCCUCAGGGAUUGUGA